UCCCUUUUCCCAACAAGCUAUUAAUCCUUAGGUCAUUGGAUUUCCAAUUUACUCUUAGAAUGCAAAAAACAUAUUGACCAGUGAGCGGCGGGCAAAUUCACUGGGUGGCGGAAAUGAGGUAUGAGAAGUCGAGGACGUGGUGACUGAUCAUCCAAAUAAAACUGGCAAAGAUCCCGGAAUGAAGGUUUAGCAUGGACACCCUGUCCAGUCACAGCUGCUACUUGCUGCAGCAGCUCCACGAGCAGCGUAUCCAGGGCCUCCUCUGUGACUGCAUGCUGGUAGUUAAGGGGGUCUGUUUUAAGGCCCACAAGAAUGUCUUGGCUGCGUUUAGUCAAUAUUUUAGGACUUUAUUUCAGAACUCCUCUGGCCAGAAAAAUGAUGUAGUCCAUCUUGACAUUAAAAAUGUUGGAGGAAUUGGUCAGAUUUUGGAUUUCAUGUAUACAUCGCAGCUAGACUUGAACCAGGACAAUGUGCAGGCAAUGUUAGACAUUGCCCAGUGUCUCCAAAUACCAAAUGUGCUGAACAUAUGCAAUAGUUUCCUGAAACCUUUCACAUCCACUGUAGAACCCUCAGGUGGCACUUCUGGAAGCACUUCAUUCCCUCUUCAGGGUGUCUUGGCUACAGAUAUUGUUGGGUCCACGUUGACAUCUGAGAUUGGGAUGCAUUGCUCAUCUGAAGCCCAGAAACAGGUUUGUGCCACGAUAGAUAUAAACCUUUCCAGAAGGUCACAGACUAAAUGUUUGCCUCAAAAUCAACCAGCUGUUUUGCAAAACCAAGCCUUUGAAACCCUUAGCAGUACGCCAGUUGCACCAGAUAAGCAGUUGGUGCAUGGUUAUAAACUACGUAACUUUUACAGUAAGCAAUAUUUUAAGCAAAGUGCCGCUUUAAAUGGAAACUUAAACCCAAACCAAAAUAGUGUAGUAGAAGAACACUUUGCAUCUAGUGUAACAGAAUCUACCGUCCCUAUGGACAUACCUGUGUGUCCUGUGAACAACACAGAAUGUAUCUCCGAGACCCAAGAAUGUUUGUCAUCUGGUUUUAUGACAGAGCCUGCCACAAAUCAAACCUCUGGAGGCGAGACUUCCCCAGCCAGUAAGCAGGUUUGUUCUAAAAAGACAGUCUACCUUAAAAAAUACAAUUACUUAAGAUCGCAAAAAUCUCUGGAGGAGGCUUCUUUGCAGCCUGAAGCAACGGAGGAGAAGCGUACAAAAGAGGCAAAUGAGUCGAAUCCCAACAAAGAGGCACCGGAACCUGUUGCAGACAGCCUGCCUGUUGAAAAAGAGAUUGAACCUGCCACUACAUCAAGUUUACAAUAUAGCGAUACUUCACACAGUGAUUUGGAGGCAUCUGAAGGCAAUGCAGUAACUCACUCUGAAGACUCGACACAUCUUCAAGCUUACCAGAAGCAAUACUGUUGUGAAAUGUGCGGAAAAACAUUCAAGCACCCCAGCAACCUGGAACUCCAUAAACGAUCGCACACAGGGGAGAAACCUUUUCAGUGUAACAUCUGUGGAAAAAACUUUUCACAGGCAGGUAACCUACAGACCCAUUUACGUCGGCACUCUGGUGAAAAGCCAUACAUUUGUGAAAUUUGUGGGAAAAGUUUUGCUGCAUCAGGGGAUGUACAGCGUCACAUUGUGAUCCACACUGGAGAGAAACCCCAUCUCUGUGACAUCUGUGGUCGAGGAUUUAGCAACUUCAGCAACCUAAAAGAACACAGGAAGACACACACGACUGAAGAUGUGUUUACCUGUGACCAAUGUGGCAAAUCCUUCAACAUGCAGAGGAAGCUUCUGAAACACAGGAUCAGACACACAGGAGAGAGACCAUAUAGUUGCCCAACAUGUGGGAAAGGUUUUGCGGGUUCUGGAGACUUACGGAGACACGUCAGGACUCAUACUGGAGAGCGGCCCUACUCCUGUGAAACCUGUGGCAAGUGCUUUACUCGGUCUGCUGUCCUGAGGAGACACAAGACCAUGCACUGUAAGCCAAGUGAAGAUCGGCCGAUGAUGGAAGAGCUGAGCAAUGCCGUCGAAAGUCCUUACCUUCAUUCUGUGUGUCAGAAAUCCCCAAACCCUGAGACCUUUUCUACCUUGUUGCACACAUCAGAUAAGCUUCCUCCACAGCCAAAUGAGACUGUUCCCAGUGAUGAAUUCACUUCUGGCUCCACAAGUUCAUUUUCUGAGCUGAGAUCCAUAGUUCAGCACCAGCUAAUUUCACCGCAGGAAAAGCUGUGCUCAGAUUCCAAUAAAGUCCCAAAGCCUUUAAUGCAACAUGAGCACUUUACAUACUCUGAGGAACAAUGUGCAAAUAGCGAGGAGCCACUACAGCCUCCUAAUGCAUCCUUGAGCCGCCCAUCCAUGACAAGUCUGGACAAUCUGUGUAAUCUUCCCUUAGGAAAUCGCCCAAAUUCUUCCUCAUAUCGAAACAACGAGGGGCCCUUUUUCUCCAGCAUGACUCUGUGGGGAUUAGCUAUGAAGACUUUGCAGAAUGACAGUGAGCUGGAGCAAUAAAUUAUUUUGUUUGCAAACGCCAACAUGGAAUGCACUUCUGGUAAAACAGGAAUAAAUGCUUAUUGAAACUAAAAUACAUGUAUUUUCUGAACUAUUUUUGGUAAGAAUUAGAUGCAAAUAUAAAAAAAAAAAAAACCUGCUUAAUUUAAUGAUUGUGAAUGUUUCAUUUAUGGUCACGUAUUUGACAGAGUUUAUUAGAAAAUGUGUGUUAAAGUUAUAAUUGUUACUAAAACUGCCACACAAACAAAAUAUUAAAUACAAAAUGGAAAUACAUACCCUUAUGGUUUAAAAAAAAAAAAAAAAUAAGGUUUGGUUUUCUAAUUUUCUGCCAAGGUAAUGAAGUAAUAAAACAUUUAACAAUUGUAAGGUGUCUUUAUUUGGUGUAAACAAUGCUGAAGCAAGCAGUAUCUCUUCCACUGACUGAUCCUGUUUUUUAAGCGGCAGUAGUCAGGUACUGAUACAGUAGGAAAUAUUACAUUUUAUUUGACUUAUUUAGUGAAAAUUGUAUUUUGAUCUAAAGUUAUUGAUAAAUCUCCCUCUCUUAUUUCUCAUUUGGAUGCUAGUUUAGUUUUAAUAUCAUUUAUUUUCAAAAUGGCCACUCUAGUGCACUGGGGUUUGAAAUCUGUCCUCUAAAUCACUGCAGGGAGCGAUAAUUAUUCUUUUUUAAAAACAACAAUAGAAAAUAGAAAGAAUCAGUGUUCCCCAGGCUUUUCCUAUAUUUGCUGACAGAAAACCAGACUUUAUUUUCACAUUGACUAAAGUCCAUUUAUAUCAGCCAGUAAACUCUGGAAUACCAUAGCAUGUUUCUCCAGUGUAUUCAUUAAGCGUAUUGACAGCUGCUGUCUACGGGUGACAGCUUCAAUAGGACAUGAGUUAUCUUAAGAUCUCAGCUUGAUCACAAGACAAAAUACUUGUGAUCAAGCUUGCAAUUCCAUCCCCUUAUGUUUUUUUAUGAUAUUUGCAGUUAUUCUGAGUGGUGCUUUGUGAUUAAAAAAGAUAGAUAUUCAAGAGAUGUGAGUUUCACAAGGGCAGGAACAGGGAUUUUUCCACUCAGUGCUGCCUUAAAAGAAAACUGCAGGUGAAAUUUAAAUGGGAAGUGCAUUUUUUCCUCAGCUCUGGAGGGGACACACAGAUACUGUUGCUAAAUAUUAUUUAAACAUCAUUAUUAAAUAUGCAUCAAAAAAUAAAUAUCUGUGUCUUGACACAUGCCCUCUAAGAUGCCUUCAGCUCCAAAAACGUAUUAAAACGGCACUAAAACGGAAAAAUCUUGAAAACUGUUUAACACGAUUACUCAGCCUCUAUGUGUUAAAAAGCAUUAUUAUAUGAGUUCAUAAUCAUUGAUUUACUGCCCCCUCUGGACAGGUUUGUCUUGGUUUGGAAGCUUUUUAAUGCAUUGACCAAAUAUGAAAACUGCAUAAUGA